UUGCUGCUGCGCAUAUAUUUGACCGACGCUGAUGUCGCCAGCGUGUUUCGUUCCCUCGAAGCCAACCGCAGCAUCGCAGUCCUUGAGAUCCGUUGCGUGACCUUCAGGAAAAGGACCGCCAUUGCUUUGGGGCGAUUGGUUGAGCGAAACCGAUCGAUAGCUAUGUUCACGAUUGACCUCCGCGAGAGCGACAUCGACCGUGUGACCCAGGUGCGCCACAUCUGCCGCGAGCUCAAGAAUGUCAUUCGCCGAAACCGCUUUGUCAUUAGCUUCAGCUUGCCUACAGAGGAACGGGAAUGCUCAAACGACCCCUUUGUCCGGGAGGCUCUCAGGCAUAACGUGAUGCUCGUCAACCAAGCGGUCCGGUUCGUCAACGGCUCCUUGGAAAAAACAGACGCCCUGGCCUUCGAGACCUUGCACAACUGCCUGUCGGUGCAAUCAUCACUGCGCGUUAACUUCAACAUAUCCGACGAGGCGGCGCUGGGGAAGAUCGCCGAGGCACGCGAGCGGCUCGCUUUCAACUACUUCACCCUCGCGGGCGUCGUCAAGGACAAGAUAGUGUGCCGCCCACAUCGCAAAGGGAAGACUACGUUCGACAAGCUCGGCAAAGACAUGCAGGCGCGCAUCUGCUCCUACCUAUGCCUGAAUGAUGUCAUGGACAUCUGAAAUGAGCUUUUUCGGGGAGGACGCGCUCGUGCUUCUGACAAUGACGUCACCGUGCGUCAGCACAAAAAUAAUCAUUGAUGUGAUCACCACUUUACCAAAGCAUUUGCACAAUAUGACUACAGCUACCCGUAACUUCUUCGCGUUUUAUUAAGUACCACUUGCAUGAUGUAGCUUUAUCUCUUAGUUCUUUAGAGAAAUAUAAUCAUCUCGUGUGUCAUUGUAUCAUCUUUGCCAAAUCUCCACUCGAGUCAUUUCCUGAGCAGCAUUUCACUUUCGCGAGUCCCGCUUGCGAAUUAUACGCUCAGCAUCUGUUAUUGAACGGCGACACCAUUGCUUUCCAUCGCGAUUCGGCACAAGUCACGCACUCUGUACUGAGUAUACAUUUUUCACUUCUUCAAAACUUUUGAAAUACGACACUUUCUUUCUCUUCCCGAAUCUCCUGGUACUUUUUAGAUGUCAUAGAUUUUAUUUUUUAGCCGCACAUUGACAGCUGCACAAUUUUCAUGUGCAUGUUAGGACUCUCGCUUACUUACAGUGUUCAGGUCUUUUUUAAGGUGAUGCAGCAAGCACGCGACUGAGAUUUUUGAUGUGCCACUCAAUCGCUUGCAAAUCCGUUGCUGUGUAAUAGUAUCUGCUCUCGACCGUAACUGAUGGCAUCUAUUUCAACGCUUGUAACUUGCAGUGUCUUCUGUUUCAUCGAACGUAGAUCGAUGUGUGGUUCACUGAUGUCGGUGCCAUUUCGCAGGAAAGCAAUACAAAGAUACGAGAACUUUCUCUUGUGUACCGCAUAGAAGGCCAUGUUUUAGAGAGUGCAUUGAGAAGAUGGAUUGUUUUAAAUACUUAAAAGUUGCUGUAAAGCACACGAUGCAGUAAAACUCGUUCAUUGAAAAUGUGUGUUCAAAGGGCAAUCGCAAGCUGUACAAAUUUCUAAAGAAAAAUCAAUAUGGGACACGGAGCGUGAAAUUAAUAGAGAAUGAAUUCUUUUCUUACGUCCAGUCUUGGAACAUGACAGUAUGGAGUGGACUACUCGUGAUCACGUUUUGAAAACUAAAAUAGAAAAAAUACACUGGUGCACCACAUUAAGGGCUGUAGAUACAGGCGCACGUAGUACAAUACGACCAUGUUCAGAUCAUGUAAUCAAGGGUCACGGGAUGAGCGCAGAUAUAAGAACCCGCUACAGUUUCCUUUUAAACUUUCAAAAAGAAAAAGCGCCAGACUAAAUAAAGAUUGUAUUUACAACCUCCACGAACAAAAUGUCCCGCUAAAACCGCAGCAGUUCCAUUUAGCUUUGCCUAACACGCAUUGACGUAUUUCGUUUCCCUUUUUUUCCCAAUGCAAUAGAAAUUAGAAAUAGUUUGAAAUAAAGAAACGUAGGUCUACACUAGUAUAUUCUCAGUUCACCUAUCAGCAUUUUGUUCUGUUAAACCCUCAUUGGCUAUCGGUGAAUUCAAACACAAUGUAUGAAGUAUCAACGCUUUGGAAAUAUGCUCUCUCUAAUGACCUUGCAAAUUUGGUUGUCCUGUAAAUGAAUACGAAAAAAAUUGUAAUAAAUAUAUGAAUGGGUAAAUAAAUAGAUGCCAGAAGUGGUGUUUCGUUGGAUCUUG